AUGGAGGAGGAGGAGCAGCAACCCCGCGCCGCCGCCACCUCGGCCAGUCCCUUGGCCAGCCAGCCCACGCGCAGGAUGGGACCCAUGGAAAAGGCUGCCCGCAAGGCCCUCCGCGAGGACCACGCCCGCCGCCAGGCCCAGGACGCCGCUGAGCGCCUCCGCGAUCCGCCGCCGCCCAAGUCAACGACCCCGAAGGCCGUCCCCGGCUACCACGUCUUCUUCCACCCGGACCUGGGCAUUGGCGGCGCCGAGCGGCUCGUCGUCGACGCCGCCGUCGGCCUGCAGGAAAAGGGCGCCAAGGUGGUCAUCUACACCAACCACUGCGAUCCGAGCCACUGUUUUGACGAGUGCCGCGACGGCACACUCGACGUCCGCGUCAAGGGCGCCUGGCUCGUCCCCCACUCCAUCCUCGGCCGCUUCACCAUCCUCUGCGCCAUCCUGCGCCAGCUCCACCUCAUGCUGCACAUCUGGCUCACAGGCGAGCUCGACGACCUGCGACCCUCCGUCUUCAUCGUCGACCAGCUGUCCGCCGGGCUGCCCUUUCUGCGCCUCCUCGUCUCCCCCAAGACGCCCAUACUCUUCUACUGCCACUUCCCCGACCUGCUGCUCGUCCAGGGCCGCCGCGGCUCGCUCCUCAAGCGCCUCUACCGCAUCCCGUUCGACCGCCUCGAGGAGUGGUCCAUGGGCUUCGCCGACGCCGUCGCCCUCAACUCCCACUUUACCAAGUCCGUCGUCCAGCUGACCUGGCCCGAGCUGCUCGAGCACACCGCCGCGCGCGUCAUCUACCCCUGCGUCGACACCGGCGAUGACGACGACAACGACAAGCAGGAGGACGAGGACCCGCUCUUCCCCAGCGGCGACCGCGUCAUCCUGAGCGUCAACCGCUUCGAGCGCAAAAAGGACGUUGGCCUCGCCAUACGCGCAUUCGCCGCCGUCCCCGCCGACGAGCGCCGCGGCGUGCGCCUCGUCCUCGCCGGCGGCUACGACCUGCGCGUCGCCGAAAACGUCGAGUACCACCGAGAACUACAAUCCCUCGCCGCCGAGUGCGGCCUCGCCCACGACACCAUCAACACCACGACCUCACCAGAUCGCCAGCCCGCAGACACCACCGCCCCCGUGCUCUUCCUACUCUCCGUGCCCGGCACCCUCAAGACGCGCCUGCUCCGCGCCGCCGCGCUGCUCGUCUACACGCCCGCCAACGAGCACUUCGGCAUCGUCCCGCUCGAGGCCAUGCUCGCGCGGGUGCCCGUGCUCGCCGCCGACGCUGGCGGGCCCACCGAGACGGUCGUCGAGGCGACGAGGCGGCGCGUAUGGGGCGCGAGGGGCGCGCGCGCGUGCGCGAGACGUUUGGUCGGGAUCGCAUGGCGGACAUGCUGGUGGGCGUGGUGCGCGAGGUGGUGGAGGCGCGGCGCGGGUCGGACGCGGACAACACGCUCGUGGUGGUCGUCAUAG